AUGCAUUCGUCAGCGGCCUUCUGCCUCGGGCUCGUGGCUAGCCUCGCCCAGGGAGCUGUCCUCACCAGGCGUGCUGCUCUAGAAGACUGCCUCUCGAGUAGUGAGACAGUUGUAGAUGCGAUCGGUUCGGACGACUACAAUCGCGAUAUAACGCCUUUCAACAAGCGGUUGGAAUUUACACCUGCAGCCAUUGCCGUACCGACCACGGUAGAGCAGAUCCAAUCCGCGAUAUCGUGCGGCUCAAAGCUGGGGUAUAAGGUUACCGCGAAAUGCGGAGGGCAUAGUUAUGCGUCUCUAGGUCUUGGCGGAGAGGACGGUCACCUUAUCAUCGAGCUGGAUCGCAUGAACUCCGUUAAGCUUGACGCGGAGACCAACAUAGCGACUGUGGACUCGGGUACGAGACUGGGUCACCUAGCAGCAGAGCUAUACGCCCAAGGAAACCGUGCUAUAUCCCAUGGAACAUGUCCAGGUGUUGGCAUCUCCGGUCAUAUCCUCCAUGGUGGAUUCGGCAUGAGUUCUCACUCGCGCGGCCUCGCAUUGGACUGGGUGGUUGGAAUGAAUGUUGCAUUAGCAAACGGAUCUCUUGUUCACACCUCGGCAACAGAAAACAAGGAGAUCUAUUGGGGUCUGCUAGGCGCCGGCUCAAAUUUCGGAGUUGUCACAAGCUAUGAGCUUAAGACGUUUGAGCCCCCAGCAAACGUCACAUGGUUCGUAGUUAAUAUGCCGUUGAAAAAGAAUACAUCCGUUGCUGUUCUGGAGGCGAUAGAAGACUAUACCCUGAAUACUAUGCCAGCCGAGCUGAAUAUGCGCCUUUUCGCCACGCGCCAAUUCACCCAGCUGGAAGGUAUCUAUCAAGGAAACAAGACAGACCUCGAGGCUGCGUUGGCGCCAUUACUGAACAAGACCGGGACGUCCAUAGCGCAAGCCCAGACGACCACUUGGAUCAAGGGCCUCGAACACUUUGCUACUAUGAAACUUAACCAGACGUAUCCUUACACCCAAGUGCAAGAGAACUUCUACGGCAAGAGUUUAGAGCUGAAGGGGUUGAGCGGAACUGCGGCAAAGAACUUUGCUGAUUAUUGGUUGACGUCGCCAAGAAGGAGACAACUCGGUGCUGACCCAAAUUUGACGUCGUAUGCACACCGUGACAAGCUAUACAUCCUCCAGUUCUACAUGACGACAAGCGGCGCUCCGGACACGGCCUUCAAAUUCGUCAACGAUUGGGCGGAGACUACAACGGCUCCCUUAACGGCGGACGACUGGGGAAUGUAUUUCAACUACCCAGACACAAAUCUAAACCGCACGAGGGCACAAGAGAUGUAUUGGGGUAAGAAUCUGGCCAAGUUACAGCAACUCAAGGCAGAGCUCGACCCCAAAGAACUAUUUUACUACCCAGUGUCGAUCAGCCCCGCGGAGAAGUCCGAGCUUCUAAGCAAAGUAUUAUCGCCGCUGAAAAUACGAAUAUGCUUCUCAUCUAGGUCCCUUUUUCAAAAAUUCCAUCCAUUUUCUAGGGAGCGCGGCUACGUGUACCCACCCUCAACAUGGACCACACGGUUAGGGCUGCCAAGCCAGGAAAUUUUGAGGCUGGUCUCAUCGAUUUGCGUGUCAAAAGUUGUUCUUCUUACCUUUAGCGUGAUGCAUCCAAAAUUCCUCAUCAUCGACCGGGAGAGAGCCUGGCUUCCCAGCUGCAAUGUGAGUUGGGAGGCGUGGCUGGAAGGAUGUGUCGAAGUCAGCGGCAAUAUUGUGACCACCAUGGUCGAGUUUUACCGUCAUGUCUGGGAUAGGCAACUUGAGAAUCAUCUCGAGGGCGGACGUGGUAUGGACUAUGACCGUUCUUCGCUUUCAACACUCCUUGAACUCGGUUUAACAUCAGCACCCCGGAAUCACGUCGGUACUUUCGAGGACUUUAUACCGGGUACUGAGAUCCCAGCGAUUCUUCUACCGUCAUCUCAUCAUCGCAAUCCUAAGUUUGACUUAAUUCCAUGGCACGCCCAUCCACCACCGCCGCCGACCCCUCUCAAUACGGCUGUGCUACAACUCUUAGACAUGUCGGAACAUAUCAUCUAUAUCCAAACCCCAAAUCUCACAUCUGCGAUCGUAAUUAAUAAACUUGUGGACGCUUUAAAGCGGGGAGUCAAUGUUACCAUCGUAAGUAACGAGAGACUCAUGCUUCUAGAGCAAAUCAUCACAGCCGGGACUACGACAUCUCGUUGUCUUAAUUCACUUAUUAAGAGAUAUAAGAAACUCAAAGCGCAGCGUCCUCAAUCGACAAGUCACGACAGCUACGCAAAUUCAAACCUAGGUAUUGAUAUCGAAGCACAACAACCUCGAUUAGGACUCUUGAAUGUCCAUUAUUAUUGUCCCGCCUCUAAAAAUGAACCCGACGAAACAGCAGAAGAGCCAGUACAGUCGCAUCUUAAACUGACCAUAAUAGACGCUCAAUAUGUUAUACUUGGGUCUGGAAACAUGGAUCGCGCAAGUUGGUUCACAAGCCAAGAGCUAGGUAUUUUGAUCCACUCCGAGGACUUCGCGACAGCGGUUUCCACUGCUGUUUUUAGUACUCUUAGUGGCCGGCGAGAACCAGUUUUCAUCUCGGACGAGUUGAAAGAUUGA